ACCAUACAGCAUGGCUAGUGCAUCAUGGCGUCUGUUUUCGCUCGCCUAGCACGGCAUUCAACGCCUUGGUGCAGGCCUGGGCAUCGCUUACUCCACGUCGGGUCUGAGGCGUCGGAAACAAAAACUUUUGGUACCGAGGCCGUUCAGAGCUUUGUAUCCUUGACCGGCGACGCCAACCCAAUUCAUACAGACAAGCAAGCAGCUCUUGCAUCAGGGUUCGCAGCUCCCAUCCUCCCCGGCAUCCUUGUGGCCUCGCUCUUCCCGGCCAUUAUUGGGUCAAGCUUCCCUGGAACGGUGUACUUGUCACAGAGCUUACGCUUCCGAGCACCAGCUUUGGUGGACCAAGCAGUCACUGCAACCGUGACGGUGCGGCGCGUGAGCGGCCGGCGCGUCACCUUCGCCACAGCAGCAGUGCUGCGGGACAGCGGUGUGGUGGUGGUGGAUGGGGAGGCCUUGGCGCUGCUGCCGGAGCGUGGCCAGGAGGGCCGACCCGCGGAGCCAGCCAGCUGAGCCGCCGAUGGAGUGGCAUGCGCCCAAUAAGAAUCCUGACGGCGCUGCUGUGCGGACCUGCGUUAGUUCUAAAUGGUCAAUGCGCUGCCGGGCUCGUUAUAAGUGAACGUGUACGACCGCUUCGGUGGCGAAUAGCAACAGCUGUUGUAACCAUCGGCGUCAUAGCCAGAGGUCUACUUGCUGUCCACCAAGCCGUCGUGUCGCCGGGUUGCGACGUGUUAGCUAAGACCUAGGAUGUGGGCUUAGGUAGUCGGGGCGGAACUCUGGCCCAUUGCAGAGCCAGGAGAAACCACCAACCCGUCGACAGACCCAAGCAGGCCUGGUUGGAGCUGUCAGGGCGCUAGAGCUUCGGAGAACCACGAUUGCAUUCUAGUGUCCUAUGCUAUGCCACGCCCGAUUUUAAGAGGCAAU